AACGAAGAGAGAGAAAGGAAAGGCUGGGAUAGCUUUCUGAAACCUGCGUUCCAUUCCCACACCUUGCUACUAUURGGCAAUAACGCAMCACAGCAGCGCCAACACACUUUGCUAGUGAAAGAGCACCAUACUAUAUUAUCACAACAAAAUGACACGGCAACUGCUACUUYCAAUCCUUGUUGGGGCGAUCGCCUCGAUGAACCCUGCUACCGGUAUGGUCUUGCGCGAACCUCCUAAGGUUUCCAGCCCCGCUGGAAGCGCCGUCGAAUACGGCAAGUGGUCGCCCUCCUCGUGGCGCACCAAGGAAUCGAAACAAAUUCCCGAAUACCCCGACCAAGACGCACUCAAAGCCGUCGAGGACCAACUCUCGAAAUGUGCUCCGCUCGUCUUCGCCGGAGAGGUUCGAAACCUGUCGGAUCAGUUGGCACUUGCCUCACAAGGAAAGUCGUUCGUUCUCUUUGGCGGUGACUGCGCCGAAUCCUUCGACGAGUUCUCGGUUGACCACGUCCGGGAUACCUUCCGAAUCAUCCUCCAGAUGGCCCUGAUUUUGACUCACGGUGGAUCCAAACCCGUCGUCAAGAUCGGACGCAUGGCUGGACAGUUCGCGAAGCCCCGAUCCAGCCCCACCGAAACCAUCGACGGUGUCACCUUGCCAUCUUACCAGGGAGACAACAUCAACCGGGAGCACCCCUUCACGGCAGAAGCCAGACAAGCGGACCCCAAGCGAAUGGUCGAAGCCUACGAUCAGUGUUCCCAAACCCUGAACAUCCUGCGUGCCUUUUCGAGCGGGGGAUACGCCAACUUGUCCCGCCUCCACGCCUGGACUCUUGAUUUCGUCGAGGCAACACCGGUCGGAUCCAAGUACCGAAAACUCGCCUCCGUGGUCGAAGAAUCGCUGCGAUUCAUGAACGCCAUCGGAGUCGAUCUGGAAUCGCCUGCCAUGCAACAGGUCGAUUUUUUCACUGCCCACGAAUGCUUGUUGCUUCCCUACGAAGAAGCCAUGACCCGCAUCGAUUCGACCUCUGGAAAAUACUACGAUACAUCGGCGCACUUGCUCUGGGUCGGCGAGCGAACAAGACAACCCGGAUUUGCUCACUUUGAGUUCGUGCGUGGAUUGGAGAAUCCCUUGGGAGUCAAAAUCAGCGACAAGGCCAGUCCCGAAGACGUCCUUGAGAUCUUGAACACCUUCAACCCAGACAAUAUUCCGGGACGGGUGACGCUCAUCACGAGAAUGACCGCCGAGGGAAUCCGAACGAAGCUUCCCGCUAUCAUUAAGGCCGUCCAAGCCGAGGACAAGCACGUCGUUUGGGUAAGUGACCCGGUCCAUGGAAAUGGAUUCCAAGCAGAAAACGGAUUCAAGACGCGCAGCUUUGAUGCCAUCCGCGAGGAAGUUGUCGCCUUUUUCGAUGUCCAUCGCGAAUGUGGAAGCCACCCCGGUGGCAUCCACCUCGAAAUGACCGGAAAGGACGUCACGGAAUGCCUGGGUGGGGACACGAACGGAGUUACCAUGGACGGGGAACGAGGACUGGCCUCGAAGUACGAAACCCACUGUGAUCCACGAUUAAACGCCAUGCAAAGCCUGGAACUGGCCUUUUGCGUUGCCGAGAAAAUGAGAGAAGCCGAAGCCGCCAAGGAAGAAGCCUCUAAUUAAGUAAGAAGUCGGGUCUGAAACCGUGCUUCUGAAUCGGUUUUGGACGAUUACAUUCUGCGCAAGGUUGCAUGCAUAAAUAAGGGUGACUACGCCAAGAAAGAAAUCACGAAUGGAUAAUUGGGAUCUUUCUUGUCUUCCCAUGGAAUAAGCAAUAAAAUAUUUUACAUUUU